AUGCUCGCAUGCUUGUGUGCGGACCCCUGGAACUCUCCAGAAGGAGACGAAGUCCAUGUGUCUGAUGACAAUCUCAACAGCCUCGACAGCAGCGAGCCGCCCCAGGCUCAUGUACAGCCGAAGAUGUCUUCGCUGGUGCCUUUUAAGACAGUGGAUGAGGAAGACGAUGCACCGCCAGCCUUUGUUGCCACAGUGUCUGACGAGAAAGAGAAGGUCUUUACGAUCGCCUUUUCGAAGUCCCAUGGUCAUGCGGGCAUAAAUUUCGCACACGUGGACGGUCUGCUCGUUGUCGAGGAUAUCGGUGCUGAUCACAUUGCACAGUGGAACAGCAUGCAGAAGGAUGAGAUGGUCAGAGUGCAGCCGAUGGAUCGCGUUGUCGCCAUCAACGAGAAGCGGGGUACCGCGGAAGAACUCCUUGACCUCUUCAGAGAAGAGGGCGAUGUGCAACUCACGUUAGAGCAUCCGCGCCACUUCUCCAUCGAGCUUCACAGAGGCAAGACAAAGGCUGGCAGGAAAAUAGGUCUCGAGGUCUCAGCCUGCGAUGGCCCUUUGGGCAUCGUGAUCCUGAAGGUGCUCGAGGACGGCUUAAUACCGAGCUACAACAGCACCGCGGAGAAAGGCAUGGACAUCAAGGCUUACUCCAGCAUUUAUGCCAUCAAUGGCAAGGCUUGGCCGAGCCUGACACUGCUGAGAAUGUUGGAAAAGCUCGAGGUCUUCAAGGUGAGUUUGCGGACGUGGAAUAUGUGA